AUGAGUGGUGGUGAUGGCACUUCUAGUGUUACUAAAUGUAAGGCCAAACAUGCCAUGUUAGAAGUAUCUUCACCUCCAUGUGGAGCGUGUAAAUACCAAAGGAAAAAGUGCACUAAUGAUUGCAUGUUUGCACCUUACUUUGGUUCUGACCAUGGUUUGGCACAAUUUACCAUAGUGCACAAAAUUUUUGGUGCAAGCAAUGUAUUGAAGAUGUUGUUGGAUGUUGAAGUGAAUCGUCGUCAAGAAGCGAUGCGUAGCAUAUUAUUUGAGGCUCAGGCAAGACUAAUUGAUCCUGUUAAUGGAUGUCUCUCCACCAUGAUUGGUUUACAACAACAGGUGGCAUCAUUGCAAGGGGAGCUAGCUAUGGUGAAAAAUCAGCUAAUAAAUACCAAGAUUUUAUAUGAAGAACUUUUCAACAGUACAUAUCAACAACAACAACAAUUGCAACCAAACAUCAAUGUAGCUGGGCAACCAUACUCCAACAACUCACCUGCUUCCACCAAUUUCAUGAACAUGAAUGGCUUCAACUCUAAUUUUGAUCACCUUGGAAUGCAGACAACACCCUUAACAGACAACUUAAAGCCUCUUCAAUUCUCUGAGUUGCCCCAAAAUGAGGAAGAAAACAUGAUUCUCCAAGUUUCCAACAAUGACAUGACUCAUCUCCUUCCUUGAGUUUCAAUUUUAUUGCUUUGAUGAAUAAAUUAAUAAUAUCGUAGCUUCAUAGUCAAGUUCACACACACACCCACACCCACACAUGUGUGUAUUUCAUGAAAGUAAUUGCAUUUGAUAUAAAUCAAGAGAAUGCUUAAAUUGUAAUUUCAUCAUG